AUGUCUAACACAACAUCCGCGGCGCGGCCCAAACGUGCGGGCGAUGACUUUGCGCGUUCGCACGAUAACAACACCAAGAAGCCGCGCUUUGACUAUCGCAAUCCCAGCACGCUCGCCGCCGAUGCGCCGGAGGAGGAUCUCAUCUUGGAUGCAGACGUGAUUGGGAAAUCCGGCAAUCAGACAAAGCGUAAUGCUGUGAACAUUGAUGGGUACGAGUCCGACUCGGACAACGACAACUUUGACGCACGAGCGGCGGAGCGCGAGCGGAGGACCAAAAACCCGAGCAAGGACGCGGACGAUGAUGAUGACAUGUUUGGUGAUGAUGCUGGAGACGACGACGACGAGGAUGCGGAAGAUGGCAAGCCGAAGAAGAAAGGCGUGCAGUUUGUGGACGCAGCGGACAUUGAAGGACAAGUCAUGAACAGCACCUCUGGAGGACAUGUCUCUGCAGAUCUUUCACAAGGUGGAAAGGGAAAGCAAAAAGCAAAGGAAGAUGAUUCUGAUGCCGAGUCAUCGGGCGAUGAGGAAGAGCGCGAUCGUCUGCCGGAGGAGAUCGAGGAGGAUGAUGCGGCCGAGCUGGGAGCUGGUGGUAAGAAGAAGCACGCGCCGCGACUAGACGCUUUCAACCUUAGGCAGGAGGAAGAAGAAGGUCGAUACGACGAGUCAGGGAAUUUUGUUCGCAAAGCUAUGGAUCCAGAUGCUGUCAACGAUAAUUGGUUGGAGGGUCUCAGCAAGAAGGACAUGAAGAAAGCCAAGGAGGCACAAGAGAAGCGCGAAGACGAUCGCAAACGAAAGGCUAUGGAAGAUGAUGCUAUGCUGACGAGCGACAUUCUAUCAACGCUAAUUCAACAUCUCGAAACUGGAGAGACUCCGCUCGAGGCACUACAGAGGCUAAAUAAGACCAAGCCAAAGGAAGCCAGAGUUCCGAAGUGGAAGCAGAAGAAGCAGCAGCAACGAAAGGACGCCAUGGAAGUUGAUGAGCCGGCCUCGAGCACCAAUGCAGCUUCAGAUCCAGUGGAAGAAGCCCGAAAGAAGGAGGUGGAAGCUAUUACCGGAGCUUCAGAUGCCCUGUACUCCCGUGGCCAGCUCGAGAUUUAYCAAGCAGAGCGCGAGGUCUUGAUGCGACAGUACAAAAGGGAUACGGGAGAGGAGUGGCAGUCAGCACGAUCCGCAAACACCCAAACAGCUGCGCUGUCCGAUUGGGAAUAUCGGUGGAGUGAUGCCAGGGAUGGCGGUGAAAGCCACGGUCCGUAUGAUGGGACCACAAUGAAAGCGUGGAACGAUGCUGGCUACUUCGGUGAUGGGGUCGAGUUCAAACGGGUGGGCGAUAGUGAAUGGAGUCGCGUGUUGGAUGUUGAUUCUUAG